AAAGAGGUUCUGCCUGUGGACUGGUUGUUACAGUUGUCAAUCAAGUAGGGAAUGCGCGGUGAUUGGCUGGAGUGGGCGGAUCUGCAGGUGUCCUACGCUCUUAGAGAGGCAGGGUUAGGAGAAGGUGAUCAAUCUCCAUCCGUCUACAUUAGCAAUCACCUUAAACUAGUGACAGACACGAACGAGAAAGCCAAAGCAAAUGAGUUUAAUGUAUUUGGUUUUAAACCCCGGGAACACACACUCAAUAGGCUACAAGAAGUCCAGCUAAAAGCCAGACACGUGCGCCAUAUCAACAUUGCUGCAGUUUUGAGGAGUUUUAGACGACAUUUAUUUGGUGAGGUUCCUCGGUCGAUUUGCCUUCCUGAACUCUUCCACUGGUGGAUAUUUUUUAUCGUCUUGUCAGACUGCAAAAAUUGAGGAGAGGAGAGGAGAAAGACGCAGGGUUCUGAAAAAGUAACUUAAAUCGUGUCCGUCCUUCGUCAAACUGCAACAUCGGGGGAAAUCGAACUAUUGGCAAGAUCUGGGGGGACCCGUGACUGCCUCUAGCAUGAUGUCAUACCUCAAACAGCCCCCCUACGCCAUGAACGGCCUGGGGCUGAGCGGCGCGGCCAUGGACCUACUGCACCCGUCCGUCGGAUACCCAGCGACUCCCAGAAAGCAGCGGCGGGAAAGAACGACAUUUACGCGCUCACAGCUUGACAUUCUCGAAUCACUCUUUGCCAAAACUCGUUAUCCGGACAUAUUUAUGAGAGAGGAGGUGGCACUGAAGAUCAACCUUCCUGAGUCCAGAGUUCAGGUGUGGUUUAAGAAUCGUCGUGCUAAAUGUCGUCAGCAGCAGCAGAGUGGCAGCAGCACUAAAGCUCGGCCUGCAAAGAAGAAAUCCUCGCCCACCCGGGAGAGCACAGGCUCCGAGAGCAGCGGCCAGUUCACCCCUCCGGCAGUCUCCAGUGCUGGCUCUGGCUCUUCCUCCUCCUCCUCUUCCUCCACCACCAAUAACACAGGCAUCAGUAGCACCUCUACCUCUAUCAGUACUGUCUCCUCAAUCUGGAGCCCUGCCAUUUCUCCAGGCUCCGCACCCCCGUCCGUCUCCCUGCCGGAGCCCGUCGCUCCCUCAAACACCUCCUGCAUGCAGCGCUCUGUCUCAGGCACGGCCGGCUCCUCCUACCCCAUGCCCUACAACCAGACCACCGGCUACAGCCAGGGCUACCCGACUCCUUCCGGUUCUUACUUCAGUGGGGUGGACUGUGGCUCCUAUCUGGCCCCCAUGCACUCUCACCACCACCCUCACCAGCUCAGCCCCAUGGCAGCUUCGUCCAUGUCCACGCACCCCCACCACCACAUCAGUCAGUCCUCAGGACAUCACCACCACCAUCACCACCAGGCCUACAGUGGCACUGGCCUGGCCUUCAAUUCUUCUGACUGCCUGGAUUACAAGGAGCAAACGGCCUCCUCCUGGAAGCUCAACUUCAACACUACAGACUGUUUGGACUACAAAGACCAAGCAUCCUGGAGGUUCCAAGUCUUGUGAUCUGAUUUUUUUUUUUUAAAUGCCCUCCAUUUUCACAAUCUCUCUGUUUUAAUAGUGUGCUGAGUUUAAGGAAAAAAUAUACACAGACUUGCAGAUUUUAACAGAAUAGUUAGAUGUUCGUCCCCCUCCCCCUCCCCCUUAACGAUAAGAAAGGGGGAAAUGGAAAGUUGUGGAAUGAAAUGAAAGCUAGUUUUCCCUUUUUUGUCCCUGAAGAGACUUAAUUACAUUUACUCGACGAGCCAGAGUUCUGGUUCUGAAGUGUUUCGCCGAACUCGCGUCACUCUCCUGCCUGAUCUGGAUUAUCGUUUUUCUACACGGGACACUGAACGCUCAGCGACCGUUUUACCUCCACCUCUCAAACCCUGUACAACUGUUUCGUUUUCUAAAUAUGGUUAUUUUUUAGGAUGACAGAUUCUAGUCAGCUUCACGGAGCUGAAUUUUGUACAUAUGUAUUUGGGUCAGUUACAUUGACCAUAUUUAGUUGGUGUUACUGGAUUUCAAAUGGUUUAAUAAGACUUUGAAACGACUUUAUGUAAAUCUUUUUCCCAAAUAAUCCAAAGAUCAAGAAUUGGCCGCUGGACUUAUUUGAUAUAGGCUACUGAAAAACAAUUUUUGUUACCCUGAAAAAAUAAAUAGGAU